AUGCCAAGAUCUCAAGAAAACGACUUUCUAUUCAAGAUCAUCACCACCAGAACCAACGCAGCAACAAUGGCCAACGAGCCGGGUGACUCUGCUACGGAUAAAUUGAACGGCAGAUCCCGAGUUGCCCAUUCACUCUAUUGCAUCUUCAACAACGUUCGCCAGUAUUCUGGCCCCUACACUAAACCUGAAAUUGAUGAACCCUACUUCGCGACAGUUCCACUGGAACCGCGUCUCUUUGAGGAUUUCCGCCCGCUGCUGGACCAGGUCUUCCAGCGCUACGACUACAGCGUCAGCGACGGCAUUGUAACCACCAGAGUGGGACCCAAGAACCACGACGACUAUGCUACCAAGUUCGGGGUCUCGAUCCGCAGGCUGAUCGGUGGCUCCCUGUGCAGGGAACCCUACGAUGUCAGAAUCCAGCACUACCAACACCGACAGACGAUCAUCCGUGAGUAUGGCACGGCUUCGCCGAGGUUGGGUCGCAUGAGGAUUCGAUUGCGUGACUCUCGCGCCAAGAAGCCGGGCCUUGUCUUCCUUGUCGGCUAUUCUCAAACCCAAGAUGCCCUUGAGAAGGUCGCCAAAGACUACAUCGUCGAAACCAAGGGCGUUGUCACUACAGUAGUCUGCUUCGACAUCAAGGGUCACCAGCGCCCUUCAUCCGUGUCCCUUUGGCACGCGAGACAGAAUCCCGACGAGACUGUUGAAGCAGUUUGCGGCCUUGAACCAGCGAUCUUUCAAGACGCUGACGGCGACCAUGUCUUUAAUGACAAGUCUCUCGUUCUCCGACUCUCGGACAUCCUGAUGGAGACGGAUUCGGACGAGUGCCCGCUCCCGUGGCUUCCCUUCCAUCAGCUCAGCUUCCAACUCCAAUUUGCUAAGGCUUAG